UCAGAGCAGAAUGUCGGUUGAAACAGUACUGCCUCAGAUUGAACGGUCUGAAACAUGGGUCGGCUUUGGAGACGGUGUUCCAUGCAUUUUGGGGAUCGAUGAGGCUGGGAGAGGUCCCGUACUUGGUCCCAUGGUGUAUGGAUGUGCCAUAUCACCCCUCACCUGUGAGAAUGAGCUCAAAGAGCUAGGCGUUGCUGAUUCAAAGGCGCUUACGGAAGCAAGGCGUGAAGAAAUUUUUGACAUGAUGAACAAUAACGAGGCUACGAAACAGGUUGUUGCUUAUGCCGUGACGUGUUUGUCAGCACAGUAUAUCAGCACUUCUAUGUUGAAAAGGAGUAAGACGUCUCUUAACGAGAUAUCACACAAUGCUGCUAUAAGCCUUAUUCGGGAUGCGAUACAGUCGAGCGUGAAUGUCGUUGAGAUCAAGGUGGACACUGUUGGACCUAAAGCAACGUAUCAGUCUAAGCUCGAGAAGCUUUUCCCUGGCAUCUCUAUCACGGUUACCGAGAAAGCUGACGCUCUGUUUCCGAUCGUAAGUGCAGCAUCUAUCGCUGCAAAAGUAACUCGUGAUCGACGAUUGAGGUCAUGGUCGUUUUCGGAACCAGGCGUCAAAAUACCUGCAGAUGGAUAUGGAAGCGGAUAUCCUGGAGAUCCGAACACCAAGAAAUUCCUGAUUGAUGGGUUGGAUCCUGUUUUUGGUUAUCCAUCUCUGGUGAGAUUUUCAUGGAAAACAGCGGAAGUUCUCAUCGAUAAACAUUGCGUCAAAGUUGAAUGGGAUGAUCACAGUGCAGCUGAACCUUCAGUGAAAGGAUGGCUCACCGCCAAGGUUGACUUGCCUAAAAGGCAUCAGUACUAUGCUGAUAGAACUAUACAGAACGUGCCCCUUCUCCCAAUGGGUAGCGAUGGGAAGAUCACUCCAGUCCAGUUUAGAGCGUAUGCCUCGGCAUAUUCCAGCGCUCUUGGAGAACUUGUAAAGAAAAUGGAUGAUUUUCAGCUUACCGAACCGCAUGAGAUAGAGGCAAGGUAAUA